AUGAUCUCCACCAUUCCAGCCCUUCUAGGGGGUGGUAGUCUAGCUUCUUUAUCUACUAAUAUCAGACUCGAUGAUAUUCUAUAUCUUGCUAUUCGUAUGGCAUCAAUCGGUCUACUCGCAGCGGCCGUUAGACAACUAUUUGGUAAUACCAAAUCUCGGGUUUACGAUGCCAUUUUCCCUACGGCCCAUAUCACCUACUCCGAUCCAGCAUUCGAAUGGAUCAUGUCGUACCUCGCUCAAUCCCCCGAAUCUCAACGUCAAAUCAAGUCGUUCCGAUUGAUCACCGCUGAUGCAAGACAAUCUAAGAGGGAUGAUGCUAAUAGACUCAGAACAUCGUCUAAGAAAUCUGAAGGUCUAAGUGUAGCUAGGAAAGACGCUACGUUCGUUGAUGAUGUAGUAGGACAAAUCUCACCUGUGAACGAACAAGCUAUCUUUAUCAAUCAUAAGGGUGCUUAUCUCUGGAUCACGAGGAAAUCUAAAGGUUAUGCCAAUUAUGAUCCAAUUGACAAGGAGGAACAUCUUGAGAUAACUGGCCUUUCGGUUCAACCUGAAAGCAUCAAGCAAUUCAUCAUCGAUGCUCAUGCUAUGUUCUUCAAGAAAGCGGACGAUGAAUUACUCAUUUUCAACGUAUCACCUUACACUGGAAAUUGGAUCGACCCAAUCCAUCGACCUUCGAGAUCAUGGUCAUCUGUCAUUCUUCCUGAAUCAGACAAAGCGCCACUUUUGGAGGAUGUCAAGAACUUCUUAUCUGUUGAGGAAAAAGACUGGUAUGGGGCUAGAGGUAUUCCGCACAGAAGGGGUUAUUUACUUCAUGGGCGACCAGGUUCAGGCAAGACCACACUUGCGACUGCAAUCGCCUCUCAGCUCGGUCUAGACAUCUACAUCGUCAAUCCCGCCGCGAGAGGUAUGGACGAUGGGAAGCUCAACAAGGCAUUCAGAAAUUGUCCGCCACAAAAUAUGAUCCUUAUCGAAGACAUCGAUUGCGUCAUGCCACCCCGACCUAAACGAGGAGAUUCCGAAGAUGAUGACGAAGACGAUUCCUUCGACGAUAAAGAUGUUGGUGGUGCUGAUCCGGGGAAAUACGGACUGGCAAGGUCUACUGUGACUCUGUCUGGGUUGUUAAAUGCUAUUGAUGGCGUUUCAAGUCAGGAAGACUGCAUCUUAUUCGCCACUACUAAUCACCCCGAUCGACUCGAUUUCGCUCUUUCUCGACCAGGUCGAUUCGACGUCCAACUUUCCUUUAAGGACGCUACGUUCGAUCAAGCCAAAGCUUUAUUCAAGCAUUUCUUCCCUUUAUCCGACUUCAGCAACACCCCUAAAUCUGAAAGUACGAUCGAUGAUGAGAAGGUGAUUGAAGAUGAGGGUGUGAUCAGGGCAGAAGGCGAACUUGAUGAACUUGCUCAUCGCUUCGCUCAAGGUAUAUUCCACCCAACUCCACCUGGGCGUGACGCAGAAAAUGAUACGGUGGAAGUUGAGGUGGAAUUUGGACUUUCCAUGGCUGCUCUACAAGCAUUCUUGCUUACUCAUAAGAAGACUCCUCGAUUGGCUGCUUGUAAAGCCCAAGAGUGGUCCAUCGGGUUGAGGAAGGAGCACGAAGAUAGGGAGAGGAAGAAGCUGGCUAAGAGAGCUGAGAGGGAGAAAGCCAAAGAAUUGAAGGUGAAUGGUUCUGCCACUCCUGAGAACAAGAAAGCCAAGGAGAGUAAGGGCUGA